AUGGCCAAGUUGGUAAGGCACCUCACUAGUAAUGAGGAGAUCGUCAGUUCGAAUCUGGCUGAAGGCAAUUUUUUUUGGUUUUUGGGAUUGGAUUCUAUUAAAUUAGCCUUUGUUAAGUUGAAGCGAUUACAUAUAUACACCUAUAGAUAUACACUGUUGACUUGA